AUGGGGAACAGCAAAAGCGGGGCCCUGUCCAAGGAGCUCCUAGAGGAUCUGCAGCUGAACACCAAGUUCACGGAGGAGGAGCUGUGCGCCUGGUACCAGUCCUUCCUGAAGGACUGUCCCAGCGGCCGCAUCACCCGGCAGCAGUUUGAGAGCAUCUACUCCAAGUUCUUUCCCGAUGCCGACCCCAAGGCCUAUGCCCAGCACGUGUUCCGCAGCUUCGACGCCAAUGGCGAUGGCACCCUGGACUUCAAGGAGUACGUCAUCGCCCUGCACAUGACCACCGCGGGCAAGCCCAACCAGAAGCUGGAGUGGGCCUUCUCCCUCUACGACGUGGAUGGCAACGGGGCCAUCAGCAAGAAUGAAGUGCUUGAGAUCGUCACGGCUAUUUUCAAAAUGAUCAGUCCUGAGGACAUGAAGCAUCUCCCAGAUGAUGAAAACACGCCAGAAAAGCGAGCUGAGAAGAUCUGGACUUUCUUCGGAAAGAAAGAUGAUGAUAAACUUACAGAGGAAGAAUUCAUUGAGGGGACCCUGGCCAAUAAGGAUAUUCUGCGACUGAUCCAGUUUGAGCCUCAAAAAGUGAAGGAGAGGAUAAAGGAAAAGAAACCCUGA